CGGUUGCACUGUGCCAUUCCUGUGUGCAUUGCUCUGCCGUCGAGGAGAGCGACGAGCGUGGUUGUGGCAGACACGAGCGUGGCUACUAGGCGCUGUUUGGACCAAACAGCAUGAUCAACGCGACUGCACGACCCAACUUGUCUCUCGGCCACCCGACUCAUCCACAUCCCCUUCCGUCCACCAUCCAGCUCCCCAUGAUCGGUCCUUUGGGCCCCCUCCCGCCCAACAGACCGCCGCAGAACCAGCAGCAGCAGCAGCAGCAGCCACCGCCGCAACAGCAGGGCCCACAGCCGUCGGAAAUCCCCAUCCCACCACAGAGCGGCCAGGACUUCACGCUCUCCAACGUCCUACACUUUCUCCAGACCGAAUGGCGGAGAUAUGAGCGCGACAGAAAUGAGUGGGAGAUUGAGAGGGCGGAAAUGCGGGCGCGAAUAGCCCUGCUCGAGGGCGAGCGACGGUCCUUCGACAAUGUCAAGCUUGAUCUCAUGCGCCGUAUAAAAAUGCUCGAGUAUGCUUUACGCGUCGAACGUUCAAAGCAACUAGCCCAGCCCUCCUCGCAGGCUGUCCCUCCUACAAAGCUUGCAACGCUGCAAGCGCAGCUAGGCGAGAAGAAGGACGACGCGUAUAGUCACAAAGAAGAGAGCAGCGGAAGCUCUCCUCGGAGUGAAGAUUCGCCGCUCCCUCCUGACCGCAUGUCGACCGGUUCUGUCAAUGGGGCCCUCACGAACCCUUCGAGUCGAGGUCAGACAUGGAUGGGCCUGCCGAAUGGCGCAACAGGCACGAUGGGUCCUAUGGGCAAGCCGCCACCAGGGCGCGACCCGAAGAGCAGAGCACGGAGUCGAGAUUAUCUGAAACAAUGUCUUCAGGAAAUCUCGUAUCUCACGUCUCCGCAAGCAGUCAACCCGCUCCCGAACCGCCCUCUCCUCAACAACACCACCCUUCCUCUCCAGCUGCCUAAUGUGCCGUUUGACCAGAUGCCUUAUAACGGCCGUCCGCGAAAACUCAUGCCGGACGUCGGCAAGGACUUCUCCGGUAUGAACGGCAUGAAUAUGGCCACAGGCCCGUCCUCCGCACCUGCCAUCCCGCAGGGCAACCCGCUGGAGCGCAAUAACCUGGGUUCAGGUCUGCUGGGUGCCGCGCAAAACUCGCAGGCAAAUUCGGCAUCUCUUGGACAACAGCAACAUCAGCCCGGACAGCCCUCACAGUUGUCAAACGAGGCGUCCGACAACAGGGAUAAGGAAGGUGACGAUGAGCAGGCACUGGGCACAGCGAUCUUCCGUCCAGACGCAGACUUCCGGGAGAAGUUGCGGUUGUCGCAGGAGGCCGCGGAGCGGGCACGACUGGAGCAGUCUGGCCAGCAUGACAUGCCCAUCAGUGGCGCUGCGUCGUGGGAGCGGCGUGCAAGGGACGAGGAUGAUGAGGGCAAGGACGAGGAGCCUGAAGUGGAGGAGGACGAGUCCACUGUGAUCGGUGAGGGUGAAGGGACCAAGGCGUGGAAGGCGAAACGAACACUGCGGAAUCAUCUCGAUGCCGUGCGCGCCAUUGCGUUCCACCCGACCGAGCUCUGUCUCGCCACUGGCGGAGACGACAUGACCGUGAAGAUCUGGCGCGUCGACGUAGCCGGCCUCGCGUCCUCAAUGUCGCGCCCCACCACGGAGAUUGAGCCUCAGCUCACGCUUCGCGGGCACUCCGCCGCGAUCACCCGGCUGGUGCACGCACCCUCGAAGCAGCUGCUCUACUCCGCCUCGCUGGACUCGUCCAUCCGGAUAUGGGCGCUGCCCCCCUCGUCACACACGACGUAUGCGCCGUACGACGCCACGCGCGCCCGCGGGGAGCUCAUAGGCCAUACCGACGCUGUAUGGGACCUCGCACUUGUGCGCGACGAGAGCACGCUCAUCAGCUGCGGCGCGGAGGGCACGGUCAAGGUCUGGGAUGUCAGCGGUCCCUCGGGCGGUGGCUCGCUCAAGCUGUCGUGGUUGUAUGACGGCUUGGACGCGGGCGAGCCGCAGAACGAGGGCGACGCGCCGGGCGCGACCGCUGUGGAGGCGAUCAAGACCGACCUCAAGAAGGUCGCGGUGGCGUACCAGAACGCAGUCAUCAAGGUCUUCGACAUCGAGACGGGCAAGGAGCUCGUACGGUUGCAGACGGAGCCCGUGGAAGAUGACAUUUCGUCGCAGGCAAACAGCAUCGUGUCCCAUCCCACGAUGCCGCUUUUGAUCACCGGGCACGAGGACAAACAUAUCCGCAUCUUCGACAUCUUGACCGGGCAAUGCACGCAUUCGAUGCUCGCGCACCUCGACGCGGUGACGUCGCUCUCGAUCGACGCCGCGGGCUUUUCGCUCGUGUCGGGCAGCCACGACUGCUCCGUCCGGUUCUGGGACGUCCUCGGGUCGCGCGCGUGCGUGCAGGAGAUCCCGAGCCACCGAGAAAAAGCACGCGAGGGCGUGCUCGACACCGAGUUCCACCCGACGCUGCCGAUCAUGGCGAGCGCGGGCGCGGACGGCGUGGUCAAGCUGUAUGCGUCUUGAUGGGCCGGCACGAGGUGCGGUGGUUGGCUUUCGUCGCUGGUGCGGGUUGGGUUGUUGUAAUGAUGUGGUGACGUGUACAUGCCACCCAGUAAUUCUGCAUGGAUCUGCUCUGUUCUCCCGCCGCUGUUCGAUAAUAUACCUCGCUACGAAUCUGAUGACCAUAAUCCAUGGCUCGACGCGUUCAUACCUUUCGUU